UUUGCUAGGAUUGGUUUUGAUCUUUCCUCAAGUUGUUGCUAGUGUUGGAGAUGCUGUCGUCAGGAUUCUGUUGCACAGAGAAAGAUAAAAAUACCUCUCCAAAGCGUGCCUUUUUCUCCCUUUCCCAUCCCCUUGCCAGGAACGCCACAAAAGGAUCCCAGGCGGAUUGGAGGCAUUAGGUCGUCGGUUUGAAUCUCAGUGGUCGAGAAAGAAGUGUGGGUAAUGCCCGGUUCAUGGGGGAGAAGAAAGGAACAUAUGGAGAUAGGAGAACUGUUCAUUUCUCCCUGGCCAUUUCCUCAAGGCUAGUUUCUUUGGAAAGCCUUUCCUUCUGGUCGUUGCAGGAGCUCGCUGAGGGGCUGCAUUUCCUCUCUGAUUCUUUCUCUUGCCCCAGAGGGCCGGCAAAAGGAAGCUCCUGGAACUUUAAGGGACAUGGAUCUGGGGCUGAAGUCUCUAUAGGAAAACCUACAAGGAUAGAAAUCUCCGCAUCACCCUGCCCCUCGGCCAAGGCUGGGGGCUCUUUCCUUCCAGCAUCACACGUCGUAAUUGAAGUUUUGUGUGGAUAUCCAUUAUUAUUUCUUUCGCAUAGAUUCCUAGGAGUGAAGUCGCUGAGUUAUAUGAAAGGCCAAAACUCUCCAGAUGUCUUCCAAUAAUGAUCAAGUUUUUAUCCCAAUGUCACGAAGAAACACCAGUGACCUCUCCAGGAUGACCUCCAACAACCCGAAGACAUUUACUGAAGUAGCUGUGUUAAGUUUUCAUAACAUUUGCUAUCGAGUAAAAGUGAAGAGUGGCUUUCUUCUUGGUCGAAAAACAGUUGAGAAAGAAAUCCUGACAAAUGUCAAUGGCAUCAUGAGACCUGGCCUCAAUGCCAUUCUGGGACCCACAGGUGGCGGCAAAUCUUCGUUGUUAGAUAUCUUAGCUGCAAGGAAAGAUCCGAAUGGAUUAUCUGGAGAUGUUUUGAUAAAUGGAGCACCUCGACCUGCCAAUUUCAAAUGUAAUUCAGGUUAUGUGGUACAAGAUGAUGUCGUGAUGGGAACUCUGACAGUGAGAGAAAAUUUACAGUUCUCAGCAGCUCUCCGGCUUCCGACAACUAUGACAAGUCAUGAAAAAAAUGAGCAAAUUAACAAGGUCAUUCAGCAGUUAGGUCUGGAUAAAGUGGCAGAUUCCAAGGUUGGAACUCAAUUUAUACGUGGUGUGUCUGGAGGAGAAAGAAAAAGGACUAGUAUUGGAAUGGAGCUUAUUACCGAUCCAGCCAUCUUGUUCCUGGAUGAGCCCACAACUGGCUUAGACUCAAGCACGGCAAAUGCUGUUCUUUUGCUCCUGAAGAGGAUGUCUGAACAGGGACGAACAAUCAUCUUCUCCAUUCAUCAGCCUCGUUAUUCUAUCUUCAAGUUGUUUGAUAGCCUCACCUUGUUGGCCUCGGGAAGACUAAUGUUCCAUGGGCCUGCCCAGGAGGCCUUGGGGUACUUUGCAUCAGUGGGUUACCAUUGUGAGCCUUAUAAUAACCCCGCAGACUUCUUCCUGGAUGUCAUUAAUGGAGACUCCUCUGCUGUGAUAUUAAACAGAGAGGACCAAGACGGUGAAGUCAAGGAGACUGAAGAGCCUUCCAAGAGAAGAUCUCCACUCAUAGAAAAAAUAGCUGAGUUUUAUGGCAACUCUGACUUUUGCAGAAAAACGAAAGAUGAGUUAGAUCGACUCGUAAAGGGUCAUAAGAGGAAGAGCUCAACCUUUAACGAGAUCACCUAUGCCACCUCCUUCUGUCAUCAACUCAGAUGGAUUUCCAAACGUUCAUUCAAAAACUUACUGGGCAAUCCCCAGGCCUCUAUAGCUCAGAUAAUUGUAACAGUCAUCCUGGGAUUUGUUAUUGGUGCUAUUUUCUAUGAUCUAAAAAAUGAUCCUACAGGAAUCCAGAAUAGAUCAGGAGUGCUCUUCUUCCUGACGACCAACCAGUGUUUCAGCAGUGUGUCAGCUGUGGAGCUCUUUGUGGUUGAAAAGAAGCUCUUUAUACAUGAAUAUAUCAGUGGAUACUACAGAGUGUCAUCUUAUUUCUUUGGAAAACUGUUAUCUGAUUUAUUACCCAUGAGGAUGUUACCAAGUAUUAUAUUUACUUGUAUAAUAUACUUCUUGUUAGGCUUGAAACCAAUUGUGGAGGCCUUCUUCAUCAUGAUGUUUACCCUUAUGAUGGUGGCUUAUUCGGCCAGUUCUAUGGCACUGGCCAUAGCAGCAGGCCAGAGUGUGGUAUCCAUAGCAACACUUCUCAUGACCAUUUCCUUUGUGUUUAUGAUGAUAUUUUCAGGGCUGUUGGUAAAUCUCAGAACUGUUGGGCCUUGGCUCUCCUGGCUUCAGUACUUCAGCAUUCCUCGAUAUGGCUAUGUGGCUUUGCAGCAUAAUGAAUUUUUGGGACAAAACUUCUGCCCAGGAGUCAAUGUAACAGCGAAUAAUACCUGUAGCUAUGCGAUAUGUACUGGCGAAGAAUUUUUGCUAAACCAGGGCAUCGAUCUCUCCCCUUGGGGCCUGUGGAAGAAUCACGUAGCCUUGGCAUGUAUGAUUGUUAUCUUCCUUAUAAUUGCCUACCUAAAAUUGUUAUUUCUUAAAAAAUAUUCUUAAAUUCCUCUUUAAUUUACAUGAUUGAUCCACACAUUAAAAAGGGAGGAUCUUGAUUUUUUUUAAAUAUU